AGUUUGGUGGACGGCAGACGAAGAAGUCGAAAGUUCGUAGUCGCGCGCGUUUUAUCUUAUUCGUUAAGUGUGUGUGAGUGUGCACGUCUAUCAUCGUCAUUUAUUUAUCUGAUCGUUUUGCGAAUAGCUGUAUAAAACAGUCGGUUACGUUACGUACCUCCGCAUUAGUGAAAACGCGAUCGAACGCGACACAGAGCGAGCGAAUAAACAAACGGUUCGUUUAAUAAUAAACACGUAUUUUGUGAAACGAAGCUAAACGGAAACGCGUCAUCAUGGGUUGUGGAACGAAAAUGGUGAAAUACCUGGUGUUUCUCUUCAAUUUGGUCUUUGCGCUCGCCGGUUUGGCUCUCCUCAUCGUCGGCAUCCUCUUCAAAUUGGACUUCAAUGACAUCGCCGGCGCUUUGGAAGAUAGCCCGUUCGGCGUCGCGCCCGUCCUGAUGAUCGUCAUCGGCGCGAUAAUCUUCGUGAUCGCCUUCUUCGGCUGCUGCGGUGCCAUCAAGGAGAACAGCUGCAUGCUCACCUCGUACUCGGUCGUACUUCUCGUCAUCUUCAUUCUGCAAAUCGCGCUCGGCGUCUACGUCUUCCUGUCCAUCAAGAACGAGAGCGACCUGAAGGACAGCAUCACCAAGGAUCUGAACAAAUCACUCGAUAAAUACAAGAAGGGAGACAAACUCGCCAUCGAAUCCUUCGAUCUGAUGCAGAAAUCCAUCAAGUGUUGCGGCGUGAGCAGCUACAAAGAUUUUCUUCCUUCGAUUCCCGACACAUGCUGCGAAACAUCACCGUGCAAUGCGCUCAACUCCUACAAAAUGGGAUGCGGUGAGAAGAUGUUCGAUACCAUCGAAGACAACGCCAGCACCAUCGGUUACGUGGCUCUAGGCCUCUGCGUUACAGAACUGAUCGCAGCGAUCUUCUCCCUCAGCCUGAGGAGCUCCAUCAGGAACGAAAACAGGCGAAACGGCUACGCCUAAAAUAACACGCACAAACAGAAAUUAAUUUAUAAGUAAUUUAAUUUAGAAACACACCUAUACAAGAAAAAAAACAUAUACA